GCUACUUGGUCCCACCUGGAUCGGACGUUCAGAGUCACAAGAUGAGUCUACCGGACUACAAAUCAAGUGGAAAACAGGCUUCAUCUGCGAUAUCACCCUCUCCUGUCGUUCACUUGAAUGUUGGGGGCUACCUGUUUAGCACCACACUGAGCACGCUGAGGAAACACCCAGACUCCAAGUUGGCUGAGCUGUUCAGCAGUCACCCCAAAGUCAGCACAGAUGGACAGGGACGCUUCUUCAUUGACCGUGACGGUUCCCACUUUGGAGCCGUUCUGGAGUUCCUGAGGUCGGAGAAGCUGCCAACGGAGAACAUCCGUGAAGUUUACAAAGAGGCUGUCCACUACAAAAUCAAACCACUUAUCAAACGACUGGAGGAGACGCCUGAGCUGUUUGGAGAGCUGGUGGGACGGCAGCAGUUCCUCUCCAAGGUCCGGCACUACCAAGAAAACAUUGAGGUUCUGAUCCGUAUUGCCAGAGCGGAGGCUGUGGCUGCACGCCGCUCCACCAUCCUCAUCGCUGUGCUGGCGACGGAGGAGGACUUGGGUUCCUACGGUGACGCUAAAAGCACCCUGGAGGCGGGCAAGGAGUCAGUGGUGACAUUUGGGCCAUGGAAGGCUGGGCCGUCUGCCAGAGACCUCCUUGAUUGCGUAAAGAUGGACAUAGAAAGUCGUGGCUACAAAGUGAACAUCGAGCCUCACCAUCCGGAGCGGGGCUUUCUUUUUAAGACCUAUGACAUCUUCUACAAUCUCACCUUCACCUGGUGGUGAUGGGGCACACGUCUGUGUGGUCAGGACAAAACUGUCUGUGGGUUCAAAUCAAACAACUGCACUUUAUUUCUAUAUAACUUAAAGAUAAUAAGCUUCACCUUCUGAUAAAAAUCAAGAAUAAAAUUAAAUAAAUUACACAUUUUCUUUCCUUUCUUUUUUAAGGUGGGCAACAUUUUGUAAGAAGUGUUGGAUGUGUUAAUGUCAGAUCUACAAUCAUCCUUUUUUGAAAGGUGUUGCUAACAUGACGUAGGUGUUAAUGUUUUAUUCUUCUGUUUGCUUUGAACGUUUUCACAGCUUUAUCGGGGAUUUCACUGUAUGUGGACGGUAUUGCGUCAAACCCAUGAUAUUGGGCAAUCCACAGUUGUCUUAGAGGAGAAACCAAAUGUGUGAAGAGGCAAAAGAUGAACCAGCAUCCUGGUUGAAAGCAGAGCAGCUGCCCCAGAGUUGGCCGUGUAACAUUUAAAAGCAACCAAACCACAUCCUGUGAGAUGAGUUUGGGCUAUGGGAGGUGGUUACUUACUAACAAAACCUAGAUUUAAUAAGGAUUGCAUGUAUUUUUAAAAUGUGUCAUUGUGGGCAUUCUGCAGAUGUCUAAAGUUUUGAUAGGUUGUUUAACAUCUUAAGCUCUGAGAGUAGCACCGUUUCCAUCUAAUUUCGAAACCAAGACAUGGCCGUACACCUUGAUAAAGGGCCUGGCUAAACAUUUCGUAAAUUGAGUAGCAGCUAAGUCGCUCAUGGUGUUUAUGCAGGAGCUGCAAAGGGAGUUUUUUUUUUUUUUAACUAAUCGGAUGUUUCACUUGAACUGGGAUACUGAGAAAGGUUAGCUUUUCAAUAAUGUUCCAAUUUAUUAAAUGGGUCCUUAUUUGUGUGAUGCCAUAUAUCAGAAAAUGUACAUUCAUUUAAAUAAGCUAUACAUGUUUAAUAAGUGUAAACUAAUUAUCCGAGUAACAAUCAUUCAAGUUGUCAACAGCCGUAGAGGUUGGUGACACUUUAUUGCAGCAUACAUAGGAAAAAGUUUACAUUUCACUCUCAAAACACCAGUCUAUGUAUAACCUUUUGCUAGACAGGAAUAUUGAAUAUAAAUUUCCUUCAGUUAUUUAUUUUUUUAUGUUUAACGAGGUUUAUUAGGAACAGAUCUACAAAAAAUAAAAAUUGCUGGUUUAAAAAAACUUUAAAUUGUCACAAAUCAAUACUGGUACUUAAAACUGCAGCAGAUAAACUGACUAACAGUCCAACAUGGAAAGAAAUUUACUGGAAAAUAAUCGUUAGAUAUUUUAAAACUCCGUACAUUAUUUCCAAAUUUGAUUAAACUAAUUCAAACUUGUGCUGGAGGCAGUGCGGAAUAGUUGGAGAUCAGACUCAUGUCUUUUGGGAUUGCCCAAAGAUAAAGAAAUUCUGGGAAGGAAUUAGA